UUUUGGGCUUAAACAGCAUCAGCCCCACAUCCGACCGGUCGGCUCUGGCAACCUCGGCUCGUUUACGGCCGCCUCUGCAGGGUUGGGAACCUGAGGGACUGCUCCCGGUACAUAAGCAAGCUUAUGCCUCCCGUCCCCACGAACGCAGCCCCUCGAUGGGAAGACGAGGGGAAAAUAUAUUGCGCCGGACUGGAAAGAAGCUCGUAUCUCUAGCUCACCCUUUCUGGAAGUCCCGAAGCUUAGCUUGUGAUUGAUCACGAGGCCAAAUCUUCCCAGCUUGGAUAGGGCUGCGGAAACCGGGGGAUACCCUCAAAACCAGCGAGCCACAAUGGCCGGCCGCGUGCGACAUCCCAUUGACAUCAAGGCGUUGGAGACGUACCUCACCAAGCAUGUCCCCGAGAUCAAGGUGCCGCUGGACGUGAAGCAAUUCGGCUUCGGCCAGUCCAACCCAACCUACCAGCUCACCUCCCCCGACGGGUCACGCUACGUCCUCCGCAAGAAACCCCCCGGAAAGCUCGUCUCCAAGACGGCGCACAAGGUCGAGCGCGAGUACCGCAUCAUCGCGGCCCUGGGGCCGACCGACGUGCCCGUCCCCAAGGCCUACUGCCUGUGCGAGGACGCCAGCGUGAUCGGCACGCCCUUCUACGUCAUGUCCUUCCUGGACGGGCGCAUCAUCGAGGACCCGGCCAUGCCGGGGGCGUCGCCGGCGGAGCGGCGCGCCCUCUGGGACGAGGCGGUGCGCACGCUCGCGCGCCUGCACCGCGUCGACACGCGCGCCGCGGGGCUCACCUCCUUCGGCAAGCCCAGCGGCUUCUACGACCGGCAGCUCGCGACGUGGCGGACCAUCUGCGCCGCCCAGGCCGCCACCAAGGACGUCGAGUCGGGCGAGCCCGUCGGCCCCCUGCCCCGCUUCGAGGAGAUGGUCUCCUUCUUCGCAGACAAGGGGCUCCAGCCCGCCGACAAGGGGACCGUCAUUCACGGGGACUACAAGAUCGACAACCUGGUCUUCCACAAGACGGAGCCGAGGGUGAUUGGUAUUCUAGACUGGGAGAUGUCCACAAUAGGCCACCCCCUCUCCGACCUCGCCAACCUAGUGACACCCUUCUACACCGCGACCCUAGACCCGACCAAGGUCCUCCACGCCCACAAGGGCUUCCUCCCCAACGCCACCCCGGGCCUCCCCACCCCGUCCGAGAUAGCCGCCCUCUACUUCUCCACCUUCUCCUCCCCCUCCUCCCCCUCCUCUUCCCUUCCCCCCUCCCUCUCGUCCAGCCAGGACCAAGAGCUCCAGUGGGCCCAGGCCUUCAACAUCUUCCGCCAGGCCGCCAUCUGCCAGGGCAUCGCCGCUCGCAUCGCUGCCCGCCAGGCCAGCAGCGAGGAGGCGCGCCGGUACGCUGACGCACGGGUCCCGCUCGCCGAUUUCGCGUGGGAGCUCGUGCUUGGCGCGGGCGGGGGCGGUGGUGGGAAGGCGAGGUUGUAGUUGUAGACGAAGAAGAAGAGAAGAGCCGAAAAUAUAAAAAGGGGACGUCACAUGGGAUAUUGUAGGGAGGGAGGGAGUGGCGGUAGAAGUGCUGUAUAUAUAUAUAAAAUGGCCCGAGUCCUUGUUCUGUCUAACCUGGGACUCUGAAUAGAUCAAUCUAUUGUGUUGAAUGCG